AUGUCACAAGAAGAUGCCGGAGCGAAGUCUACUGCUGACUCUGAGAGCAUACUUGGAGCAGUUGCUUUAAAGCUGCCGCCAUUCUGGCGAAACGAUCCGGAGGUAUGGUUCGCGCAAGCGGAAGCCCAAUUUGCCACGCGCAAUAUCGUAGUUGAGAGUACAAAAUACUCUUACGUUAUCGCGACACUACCACCCGAGGUAGCACAGGACAUUCGCGACGUCCUGAUAAACCCCCCUGUUAGUGAGCCAUACACGACGCUAAAGAAAAAGAUCAUAGCGCGAACGACGGAAUCGGAACAGAGAAGAGUACAAAUGUUACUCACAGAAGAAGAACUCGGAGACCGAAAACCUUCUCAAUUAUUACGGCGCAUGGAACAACUCGUCGGAGAUCAGAAAUUAGAAAGAGGUAUACUUAGGCAGUUAUUCUUACAACGCUUGCCGCAUAAUGUUAGGCUGAUCUUAGCCUCCACGAGUGAGUCGCUGGCACUAUCGGAUCUGGCCGUAUUGGCAGAUAGAAUUCUCGAAGCGCACGUGCCUGUCGUGAACACCGUGGCGCCGGUGACUGAUGCAGGGUCACAUGCUAUCACGGUUAAGCCAGCCCAAUCCGGAGAUAUACAGGGUGCGAAUUCAAACCUUGUAAGGCAAAUUGCGGAUUUGACAAAGCUCGUUCGCGAGUUAGCCACAGCCGUAGGGCAAUUGAAACACGACCGUAGUCGUAGUCGAAAUCGUAGUAGAAGCAAGACUCGUGAUAAACGUGAUUCCACGCCUGUUAGCGAAUCGCCCGAAGAUAGAGGAUAUUGUUGGUAUCAUUCUCAAUAUGCUGAGAACGCGCAUCGCUGCAAGGCACCCUGCAAUUGGAAUAGUCAGGGAAACGCAUAG